UCCAUCUGCCUCUCCGCCGCUCUCCAGCUCCCUUUAAGCUGAUGGAGCUUAUUGUGGACAAAUAGGCUUAUGAGCAUCGCUAUGGUAACGGCGAAUGGUGAAAAAGCUACAUAAGCACUUCAUCGGAGGGCCGUGAUCCAGUAGCUCCCUUUAGAGAUGGUGCCCUCAACCUCCUGCAACAAGUAAAGGCAGGCCAGGGGAGCUCAAGGGAGGAGGAGGAGGAGGAGGAGGAGGAGGAGGAGGAGCAGGGUAAAGAGGAGGGACGUAAAGAAAAGAGGACCAUUCUCUUCGGUUCACCUGACACGCUCUCUGGGGUUUGAAGACUUGAUUAAAAUCUCGUUUCUACUGCAGUUUGGAUUCACACGGAGCCCAAGAACAACCUCUGAGGAAGAAGAGCAGGAGCCGCAACGGAGGACAAUGGCCUCCUGGUUCAGCUGGAAUGAGCCCUACUGCCGGAGCCCCCGCAGGGACCCGGCGGACGUGGUCACCGACACCCUGAUGCUGGAGCUCAGCUGGCAGCUGAAGGAGACGGAGAGGCAGCAGCGGGAGCGGGAGAGCGAGUACCGGCGCCUGAAGAGCGGCGUGGACUACAGCUGGCUGGCCAGCACGCCACGCUCCUCCUUCAACAUCAGCACCGGGGAGAGGCUGGCCCUGGAGGACCUCUGCGCCAAAGUGCCUCCGUCCUGCUGUGGGAUGGUCAUCCUAAAGUUCAGAGAUUUGAUCCAAACGAAUGAACCCGAGGCCCACGAGGUGUCCGGCCUCUUCCGCUCCGUCCUCCUGGAGACUUUGGAUCACUUGAAGGAGGAGCAGGAGGCCCAGCGGCUCUCUCGCCAGUGGAACCACAAGCGCGCCAUGAGCAUGAAUUUCAAGUCCCGGAUCAGGAUCAACCCGUUCGGAAGCACGACGGGCCUGGCGGCCGUGCCCGACAGGACUGGGAUGAGCGAUCUCAAAACGGUCUCGGAGGAUGUGGAGAAAGGGAUAGAGAGGGAGGACAAAUUUCAGAGGGGGUGGAGCAUGCCCGACUUCAGAUACAAGGGAAGCAGCAGUAAACUCGUCUGACGUGGACGCUCACGCCUCUGCGCAGUAUCACAUCUUUGCAUCGUGCAAAGGUUUUUCAAUCACUACCACUCAGCAUUUAAUCCUGAUUUUCAUCUCAAAGGUGAUUAUCGUCUUUUCUCAGUAAGAGUUAGACUUUGCCUAAAAAUAUUGCCUCUUGCUUUGAGAUUUACUGCAGCCUAAUAGGGAUUUAUUGGCUUUUUGUUUUAGCAAAAUAGUUGCUAAAAGGGGAAAAAAUGGAAUGCCUUUAAAGUGAAUCUUGUUGGAUAGAAUAUUUGGCAUGAAAUUUCUGGCUUUAGAAAAGCAGCUCUUUUUAAAAUUCAGAGCUCGAAUUCCUCUCCAAGAAGCACAAAGACUCGGCAGCAGAAAGCAUCCUUCAUUCAAGGUCAGCAAACUGAAGGCUUUCCUCCUACGCACUUUAUUCGCUAGAAGGUAUCAGAAGAAGAGAAACAGUCGCCCACGCAGUGACAUGUUCUUUUUGAAUAAAACAAAAUACAGAAA